GAAGGACCAUGGUGAAGAAGAGAGUGGCCAUUAUAGGAGGCGGCUCCAGCGGACUUUGCUGCAUCAAAUGCUGCUUGGACGAAGGCCUGGAGCCCAUGUGCUUUGAGAGCAGUGAAGAUAUCGGAGGACUCUGGAGGUUCAAGGAGAAUCCUGAGGAUGGCAGAGCCAGCAUCUACAAAUCUGUGAUCAUCAACACCUCCAAAGAGAUGAUGUGCUUCAGCGACUACCCCAUCCCAGAUGACUACCCCAACUACAUGCACAAUGCCAAGAUCAUGAACUACUUCCGGAUGUACGCCAAACACUUUGACCUUCUGAAGUACAUCCGCUUCAGGACGAAAGUGUGCAGUGCAACAAGGCGCCCGGACUUUGCUAGCACCGGCCAGUGGGACGUUGUCAUAGAGACUGACGGAAAACAGGAGUCAUCUAUUUUUGAUGCUAUCCUGGUGUGCACCGGCCACCACACCACUGCACACCUGCCACUAGACACUUUUCCAGGGAUAGAAAAAUUCCAAGGACGCUACUUUCACAGCCGUGAUUACAAGAACCCUAAUGAGUUCACAGGCAAAAGAGUCAUCGUGGUUGGCAUCGGGAAUUCAGGCGGGGACCUUGCUGUGGAGAUCAGCCACACAGCAGACCAGGUCUUCCUCAGUACUCGCCGAGGGGCAUGGAUCUUGAAUCGUGUCGGUGACGAAGGCUACCCGGGAGAUGUGGUGCUUUCCAACCGUUUGAAUAUGUUAUUGCAGAAGGUUUUGCUCCAAGACCUAUUAAACACCUUUGCAGAAAGCAUGUUGAAUAAAAGAUUUAACCAUUCUCACUAUGGGUUGAAGCCUCAACACAGGUUUUUCAGCCAACAUCCAACUAUCAACGAUGAGCUGCCAAACCGUAUCAUUUCCGGAAAAGUGCUAGUAAAACCGAACAUCAAAGAAUUAACCGAAAGGGCGGCCAUCUUUGAAGACGGCUCAAAGGAAGAAGAUAUCGAUUUUAUUGUCUUUGCCACGGGAUACAGUUUCUCUUUCCCCUUCCUUGGAGAUACCCUCCCAGUAACUAAGAACCAGGUCACCCUGUAUAAAUAUGUCUUCCCACCUCACUUGGAGAAGCCGACCCUGGCUGUCAUUGGCCUCGUCCAGCCUCUGGGGGCCAUCAUGCCCAUUUCAGAAAUGCAGGCCCGCUGGGCAGCCCGCGUGUUUAAGGGGCUGGAAACAUUACCUUCAGAAAGUGAAAUGUUGUCAGAUAUCACAGCAAAGAAAGCAGCUAUGGCAAAACGGUAUGUGAGAAGUCAACGUCACACCAUACAAGUGGAUUACAUUGAAUACAUGGAUGAACUGGCCUCUCAGAUUGGGGUGAAGCCUAACGUCAGAUCGCUGUUCCUCACCAAUCCCAAGCUGGCCUGGAAGGUUUUCGCCGGGCCAUGCACACCCUAUCAGUACCGCCUACAAGGGCCAGGGAAAUGGGAUGGUGCUGAAAAAGCUAUCCUGACCCAGCACAACCGGAUCCUCAAGCCUCUGAUGACAAGGCCUACUGAUAAUUCAGCUAGAAGAGGAUCACUGUCCUUUGUGUUCAAGAUGGCUGCCUUGGCUGUGGCUGUCUUUGCUAUAGUCUCUGCAUUUUUUUAGGUGCCAAAGAGCCACAUUUGUUAGGGUUGCCAAUCUCCAGGCGGUAGCUGGAGACCUGCUACUGCAAGUGAUCUCCAGGCAACUGAGAUCAGUUCGCCUGAUGAAAAAGGCUUUUUUUUGGAAGGGACACUAUGGCAUUAUACCCCAUUAAAGUCUCUUUCCUUUCCAAACCCUGCCUUAUCGGGCUAAACCCCCAAAAUCUCCCGGUAUUUCACAACCCAGAGCUGGCAACCCUAGUUAAAGACUGCCAGGGGCGGGGGGGUUAGGUUAUGCCUGAUUUUUUUUUGUCCUUUUUCAUCUUUGUGUCUUUGAGCAGUUGCCCUUACAGUGCCUUUACAGACCUGUUCUCCGGGUGACUGUCGUUCAUGUGAGCAGUGUGAUGCCACCUUGACCCCUUUGAAUGGGCAUCUUGGAGCUUGAGCGAACUGUGUAAUUUAUCUGUUAAAAUGCAACCCAGAGCAAAUAAGUAACUCCUCUGGAAAUAGCACUUUGAACUGCAGUAGUGCAACUGUGAGGCAAUAACUUAUCAGUGUUCUGUGCCUUAGGUUGCCAGCCUCCUGGCGAGCCCUGCAGAUCUCACAGAAUUGCAGCCAAUCUCCAGAGAAUUUAAUUUAAUUUUUAGAUUUAUAUCCCACCCUUUCCCGCAAGCGGUCUCAGGGCGGCUUACAGCGGAAAUAUAACAUACUUACAGAUUAAAAUAUAAAACAUCCUAAAAGCGUACAGUAUAAAAAUCUGAGGGCAGUACAACGUAUCAAGCAACAGGGGUAAGAAGGCGUGUCCACACAGCAACGUAUAGGCCAACGUCUGGCAACAUAGCACAGUCACAGUAAUGGUAAAAAAUGCUGGGGGGGCAGCUGGUAAUGAGGACGCCCGUCAGAUCAGUUAAAAGCCUGGUGGAAGAGCUCUGUCUUACAGGCCCUGCGAAACUUUGAUAAGUCCCGCAGGGUCCGGAUUUCUAGUGGGAACUCGUUCCACCAAGUAGGGGUUCGGACCGAGAAGGCUCUAGCCCUCGUUAAAGCCAGCUGGAUAUCCUUAGGGCCAAGGGCCACAAGAAGAUGUUGAGUAGCAGAUCUCCGAACCCAGUGGGGGGCUCAUAUGGGGAGAGGCAGUUCUGAAGAAAUGCAGGCCCCUGGCCGCAUAGGGCCUUAAAGGUGAGAACCAACACCUUGAAAAGGAUCCGGUGCUCAAGGGGUAGCCAGUGCAGCUCAUGCAGCACUGUGUGGAUCCAUAACAACCAAUCUAAUUACAACCAAAUCUCCAGUUCCCCUGGAGAAAAUGGCUGCUUUGGAGAAGAAGAAGAUAUUGGAUUUAUAUCCCGCCCUCCACUCAGAAGAGUCUCAGAGCAGCUCACAAUCUCCUUUAUCUUCCUCCCCCAAAACAGACACCCUGUGAGGUGGGUGGGGCUGGAGAGGGCUCUCACAGCAACUGCCCUUUCUGCCAGAGCUAUGGCUGACCCAAGGCCAUGCUAGCAAGUGCAAGUGGAGGAGUGGGGAAUCAAACCCGGAAGAGUCCACACACUUAACCACUACACCAAAUUGACUCUCCACACCAAACUGCCUCUCCAGGGCAGACUCUAUGGCAUUAUAGCCUACUGAGGUCCCUCCCCAAACCACGCCUUCUCCAGGCUCCACCCCAAAUCUCCAGGAAUUGCCCAGUCUGGAGUUGGCAACCCCAUAGUGUUAUGAGAUGACUCCGUGUUCCAUGUAUGGUUUUGUGAAGGAAAGCAAUGCUAGCAAACGGCAAGAAAGGAACAGGAAGCGAUCACGGUUUAAGUAAAGUUUAUUUUUUGUUGUUCA